AUGUGGGACUUCCUCUUUCCAGGAAGAUAUCCCCCACCUUUAGAUGUUAUUAUCACGCACGAAAAGAAACUUGAGAGAAAGGAGGUCAUGGCCGAGAUCCAGCCACUGCUUCUACGCCUUCGCGGCAAGUGGACGGAAGAACUGAAUGCGGAUAUCGAAGCAACCCUAACGCCUGAGAAGCUUCGAGUGAUGGACGCAGAUGCGAAAGCACUGUUCUCGGCUUGGAUCCAUCAACAAGAAGAUCAAAAGUACGCCGAGUGGCUGAAGGAAGCAGAGGAGGACAUGACCUCCGUCACUCAGGACGAGACGACCAUAGUUAAUGGCGGGGACUACUGGGGGUCUACACUGCUCAUGCGUGGUGUGCUGAGCGACUUGAAGAUAAUCGUGGAGACGUUCUCGCUCUCGCCUGAACAGAAAACUAUUCUUGAACGGGGAUUGGCGAUGCUGAGAAAUUUCAUCGAUUGUGUGGAAUGGCACAACAAUCGGGGAAUCAAACUUCCAAUCAUGGAUCGCGAAACUCUGCAGUUUGUCUUAGCCGGCAAGCAUCACGGCAACGUGCCCAAUCCCACGCUUCCCUAA